UCUUGGGACACGCCAGCAUUAUCCAUCCGACUUUCAUCUCAACAGACGACUCCGUCUUCAAGUUGAACGCACAUCAGAAGCUGGUGACGGUGUUGAAUUUCUUUUGUGGGCCCGUACCCCUGAAUCCUGGCGUUCGCUUGGAGCCAGCGAGAUCCAGGGGCGGCCGCAGGCGCGAAGGCAGGGGAGCGGCGCAGCCCCAGAAUGCCGCCGGGCACUUCUUCACUUUCAAUUCCAAAUCUAUGUUCUCUCUUUCGAAUCUGGGGUUUGGAGACGGAGAAGAGCUUGAAAAACGAAUUCAAUGCUGGCAAGUGCUAUAGAUGGAGCUCUCUCAAUGUCUGCACCUCUUUUCCAACAAUGGCUGGUAAGGAUCGACUGGCAGGAAGAUCGUCUGAUCUCAACUUUCAACGACCUCAACUCCAUCCCUAUCCGUAUCCGUAUUUAUCACAAGGACAAGGGAUGAGGUUGUUUGGAAGGAAAGAAUUGGUUCUGCAGUUGUGUGUUGCUGCGUUUGGGGUUCGCGGAGCAGCAGCUGCUCUCGCGUUUACAGGAUCAUUGGAUGGGCUUACGGCUGGAGCACCGUUUGAUGUCAAGUGGUCUGGGGCCAUUGGGACAUCGACUUUAACUUUGUUAAGUGGGAGCACAGUAGUCAACAAGAUUGCUUUUGGGAUCUCAGAUCAGCAUCUACUGUGGAGUCCAUAUGCGUUUACCCCAGCUGGCUCGUACAUUCUCCAGCUCGGCGAUACAUCUGGCCAGACAGCAACCUCCAAGUUCACCAUGCUCGCAGCGGGAACGAAUCCCUCGUCCACAGCUCUCCAUUUCACGAAUGCCGAGUUCGAUAUAACAGCCGGGGCGCCCUUCAACGUGACAUGGACUGGAGCACAGGGAACAACCAGUUUAUCCCUCCAGCAAGGAGACUCCAACAGCAUCAAAACAGCAGAUGUGAUUCUCAGCUCUAUAACAGACGACUUCGUAGUCUGGACACCCUACGCUACGACGGAACCUGGAUCGUACAUCCUCCGGCUCGAUGACUCCUCCAACGACUUCGCUUACGGUCUAGUCUUCAACAUGCAAGCAGCAGGCUCAGGUUCCUCAUCAACAUCCAGCAGCAGCACAUCUACGCCGACUCCGACGCCCACGAAUUCAGCAGGCGCAGGCACGAGCACGAGCACAAACCCCGCCACAAACCCCACCAACGCGUCCUCCCAAAACAACGCUCAAACCAACCAAACCACCUCCCCGACCCCCAGUAAAUCCUCCCUCUCACCGGGCGCAAAAGCAGGAAUAGGCAUCGCCUGCUCGCUGGCCUUUAUCUUCCUUCUCACGACCCUAUUCUUGUUGUACAGACAAUGGAGGCAGAAGAGGGAUGUCGUAGAACUGCCUGAGACGAACUCAGCUGGUAGUUUGGGGUUAGGGUACAGAGGGGUCAGGGGGUAUUUCACGCCUGGGGAAAACGGGAAUGGUGGGAUGGUGGAGAAGGGGGGCGGAGAGAGAGAGAACAUCGCGGAGAUGAGGGGCGAGGGGAGGGUGGAGGAGUUGGAUGGGUAUGGGGGGAGAGGGGUGGUGUGAGGGGUUGUAACAGGGUUGGGAAGAUCAAGAGAAAGGGUUUGAAAUGCAAUUGUGGGCGUCGUAGGACUUAUUGUUGUUUGUGUGACAAAAGAGAAUGGUCUGUGAGAAUCAAGCCCGAGACGAAGGAGUGAAAGGCUUUCUGGAUGCUUGCCUUGCCUGU